UUUUCUGGAAGCUUUGGCGCCUGGUGAGCUAAACUGGAGGAAUCGGGGGGGAUUUGAAUGUUGGCGGACCCCUUCAGUGCUCUUCCACCUCCGACAGAGCCCAUCCUCCACACGGACGUUGACCGCGGUCGGUGCCCUGCCAGCGAAGCGGGAGCCAUGCCUGUCCCCGCAGGAUACCUCACCGACUCCCCCGCCGCGGCCUUCGCAUCCUCGGCCUCGCUUAUCCCCCCACCGCCGAUAAACACCCAGCAGCCCGGUGUGGUCACCUCGCUGCUGUACAGCGGGUCUAAGUUCAGAGGCCACCAGAAGAGCAAAGGGAACUCGUACGACGUGGAGGUUGUUUUACAGCACGUCACCAUGGAAGAUUCCUACCUGUGUGGCUACCUGAAGAUAAAAGGACUGACUGAGGAGUACCCGACUCUGACCACAUUCUUCGCCGGAGAGAUCAUCAGCCGGAAAAGGCCGUUUCUCACCCGGAAAUGGGACGCAGAUGAGGAUGUGGAUCGUAAGCACUGGGGUAAGUUCCAGGCCUUCUACCAGUACGCCAAGACGUUCAACUCGGAUGAUUUUGACUACGAGGAUUUGAAGAACUCGGACUAUAUCUUUAUGAGGUGGAAGGAGCAGUUCCUGGUCCCGGACCACACAAUAAAAGACAUCAGCGGAGCUUCCUUUGCUGGAUUUUAUUACAUCUGCUUCCAGAAAUCUACAGCAACUAUCGAGGGCUACUACUACCACAGGAGCUCUGAAUGGUACCAGUCUCUAAACCUGACCCACGUCCCCGAGCACAGUGCAGCCAUCUAUGAGUUCCGGUGACCCCGGCCGCCGUCGUGGAUCUUUUUAGUGAUGGACAGAGACUUGAGGCAGAACAGAGGUCUGCGGAUGCUACUGAGGAGGAAGAGGAGACGGAGGGAUGAGAUUUUGGGCUUUAGAGAAGUGCAAACUCUUACAUGUUCCCAAUAAGUGGACAGACAGCGGAUUGCGGACGGGAUGUCGGACAGAUGAAUGUAUGAAUGAGAUGAGGAGAGAGGAAAGAAGAAGGUGCUCCCCGGCUGGAGCCUGGAAAGUCUGAACCAGCAGCAGAGACUGGGCGUGUACCCCCUUUCUGUAUUCGUUUUUAACGUCUGGUUUUAAAAAAAACAAAACAAACGCUUGGCGCAGUAUCUCCGGACACUUUAUAAGCUGAGUUGGGAAUUCCCCGUCUUGUUUUGCGACUAGAAAUCAUGCAGCCGAUGCCGAGUGUGCAGCAUAAACACAUUCGUUGGACAAGGACUCCUCCGAGGAGUCUGCUCACAUCUUUAAACAAGUUAAUCGCCAAGUCAGAGAGAGGUUUGGGUUGGUGAUGGAUUGGAGGGUUAUAAGCUACACUGACAGUAUUUGCUUUAAAGCUGAGCUGGUUCUUUGUUUAGCUCUGGACGCAGAGUGGCACUUUGAGAAACAAGCUUUCCCCCCCGUCUUCAUCCAAGGAGAUUAUUAUCCCAUGUGGUUGCUGUGGAUCUUGUUGUAUUGAGUUACUUUUGCACAAACUGUAUGUUACUAACGCUUGCAGUCAGGAUGUUACACUCACAGAUGGCAGUCGAGCUUUUUGACUCGCUGUUUUUAAGAGAGCCAAAACAAUCCCAGAGAAGAGUAUUUUUCCCGUGCACUCUGCAUCAAAGAUGUUUUUACUUCCCACCCGUGUGUCAAUUUAAAUUAACCCCCUCAUCUCUGUCCCCUCGACUAUGCAACACUUUGAACACAGCACUCUCCAAACAGAAAACAAAUUUUAUUCUAUCCUUAUAGUUUAUGAAAAGAAAGAAUCUAUCGCCAUGAAAGGAAAUAUUUUUGUUAAAUGCUCCCUGAUCAUGCCCCCCCCCCCCAAACCCCCUCAUGUGAUGAUGGUGCCAUCUUUCUAAAGCUUAUCAGAGUUGUAUUAUGAGUUGUGUGUUUGUUGGAUUUGAUUGAUGGUGUGUGUGUAAAGAAUGGAUUAUGGAUUUUGAAAAAAUCAUAUCAAACACCUUUCAUUACUGA